AUGUUUCUGCUUUACGAAUAUGAUAUUUUCUGGGUAUUUCUAAUAAUAUCAAGUGUUAUUCCGAUUUUGGCAUUUCUUAUUUCUGGAGUUUUAGCCCCUCUUAGCAAAGAGCCAGAGAAACUUUCGAGUUAUGAAUCGGGAAUAGAACCAAUGGGCGAUGCUUGGGAUAGGAAAGCCGAAAGAGAAAACCUUAACGGAUAUGACCUGAGCUUCUUUCCUUUCCGAUUCGACUUUGAUCGUUAUGGACUGGUACCAAGAUCUAGUCCUAGACAGGCAGACUUAAUUUUAACAGCGGGUACGGUAACAAUGAAAAUGGCUCCUUCUUUAGUAAGAUUAUAUGAGCAAAUGCCUGAACCAAAAUAUGUUAUUGCUAUGGGAGCAUGUACAAUUACAGGAGGGAUGUUCAGUACCGAUUCUUAUAGUACUGUUCGGGGAGUCGAUAAGUUAAUUCCUGUCGAUGUGUAUUUGCCGGGUUGUCCACCUAAACCCGAGGCUGUUAUAGAUGCAAUAACAAAACUUCGUAAGAAAAUAUCUCGAGAAAUCUAUGAAGAUCGAAUUAAGUCUCAAGAGGAGAAUCGGUGUUUUACUACCAACCACAAAUUUCAUGUUGGCCCAAGUACUCAUACUGGAAAUUACGAUCAAGGAUUACUCUAUCAACCAUCAUCUACUUCAGAGAUCAUCCCUCCUGAAACUUUUUUCAAAUACAAAAGUUCAGUAUCUUCCUACGAAUUAGUGAAUUAGGCAGUAUACUUUUGUACAGAAUAACAAAGAACGAGUGAAUCUUCAUAAAUUUUUCAUUGUAAAUGGGAAAUACUUAUACAAAUAAAAAUCAAAAAUGGGGGGGGGGAGAUAAAAAAGAUGCAGGGUCAUUUGUCUUCUUGGCUAGUCAAACAUGGAUUGGUUCAUAGAUCUUUGGGUUUCGAUUACCAAGGAAUAGAGACUUUACAAAUAAAGCCCGAGGAGUGGCAUUCCAUUGCAGUCAUUUUAUAUGUAUAUGGUUACAAUUAUCUACGUUCCCAAUGUGCUUAUGAUGUAGCACCAGGCGGACUGUUAGCUAGUGUGUAUCACCUUACGAGAAUCGAGUAUGGUAUAGAUCAACCGGAAGAGGUAUGCAUAAAAGUAUUUGCCGCAAGGAUAAAUCCUAGAAUUCCGUCUGUUUUCUGGGUUUGGAAAAGUGCGGAUUUUCCAGAAAGGGAAUCUUAUGAUAUGUUGGGAAUUUCUUAUGAUAAUCAUCCACGUCUAAAGCGUAUCUUAAUGCCUGAAAGUUGGGUAGGAUGGCCCUUACGUAAGGAUUAUAUUGCCCCCAAUUUUUAUGAAAUACAAGAUGCUCAUUAAAUAAUACGAAACUAAUCUUCACUUCGACAACUCAAGAUAUUCAAAUACAUUUGUACGUUCUCUUAUAGAUAUAGCAUAGUAAUUGAAGUCUCAUUCAUCUUAUUAUUAUUGAUUCAAAAUAUAAAGAAAAAAAAUACAAUUAGAGAUUUGGUGAGAUUAUCAAAUUUUUAAGAUACUUAUUUUGGAUGAGCCGAGCUAAUAGGAUGAACUAAAUGAGUUCUACAUUAUGAACUAUGUAUCACGCAUAUCACUUAGAUGUGCUUUAGAAAGUCACGUAGGGGGAAAUGAAGAAAUCUAAUAUGAAAAGAGGAAAAAUCAAAAUACAUGAAAAGAGAAUCGGAUUCUAUUUGUACUGUAUCGGAGAUGAAUCUUGGCCAUUCCCGCCUUUCAACUCCCCUAGACUAGACUUUUGGGUCUUAUAACGAACUAAUUGAACCUUUCAAAUAUGUAUAAAGUAUUAAUUGAACGUGAGGAGACAGAGUAUGAACAAAUAAAAAAGAAGAGGAAAGAAAAUAAAAUUCUUUUCUUUUCCAUAUCUAUAUCCAUCCUUUACAUAUUUAUAUAUGUAUCCUCUUUAUCUUUACUUGUGUAUUUUACUCAUCUAUAAAUAGAGUAAAAAAUAUAUAUAGUUUAGUUAAAGGGUAUAUUUCCAGACAUCAUGAUGUAUCGGUAUUUUUCAUAAUCUAUUUUAUUAAUGAAUCUGUAGAAUAGAUACGCAUACAAAUUCAUGAUGUGCCAAGAACCAGAUUUGAACUGGUGACACGAGGAUUUUCAGUCCUCUGCUCUACCAACUGAGCUAUCCCGGCCAUUUCCGACACAUUAGACUUAUUUUCAUACCAGAUUUGAACCGGUAAUACGAGGAUUUUCAGUCCCCUGCUCUACUAACUGAUAACUGAGCGAUACCGGCCAUUUCCUUUCCGACACAUUAUACUUA